AUGAGGCAUGCAGGGCCCAGCGAGUGGGGUGGCAAACGUGACAUCCACCCCGGCUUCCAUUUGCUGUUAAUCGUGUCUCGGCGCAACCACGUUUAUGUGGACGUUCGGCAACAUCCGCAAUUCCGCAACACGCCAGUGCCUAGUCGACUGUUUAUCCAGCAGGUGGUCAUCAUCGGUGCGGAGUGGCGUUUGCGACGAGACCACUCGGCGGCAAGAACAUCUGCAGAAUGCAUGCACGGCGCCCGUGUGUGUGUUUCCCCAUCCCCCAACUUGUCAUUCAUCGUCAGCACGAUGCACUGGGCUGCGCUCCUCGCGGUACUCCCCCUCAUUGCUGCUGCCCCGGCCCCGGCCGUGCGCAAGCAGCCGCGCGAUGUCGACACCACGUACCCUUACACCGGUCCCGAGGUGCCCAUUGGCGACCUCAUGGACCAGACCAUUGAAGGUAACGGCAAGGGGUUCAUCCGUGUUCGCGAGCCUCCAGCUGUCACUCCCGCGCCUGGAAUCACUGUCACGAACAAUAUCAAUGUGAUCUCGACGGCCCUCCUCAACGGCGGUAUCCAGAUCCACUUCCAGACUCCGUUCGGUAUUGGAAAUGAUCCCAAGGUUCUCUACGGUACCAGCCCUACCAAGCUCAACAAGAGUGCUUCGGGUACUACCAACACGUAUGACCGCACGCCGCCUUGCUCCAUGGCCGACCCGACGCAGUGCUCGCAGUUUUUCCACGAGGUCCGCCUCACAAAGCUUUCAGCUGGCCAGACCUACUACUACCAGAUCCCCGGCGGGAACGGGACCACCCCGUCGGACGUCCUCAGCUUCACCGUCGCUCCCAAGGCUGGCGACAAGGGCGAGUUCACGGUCGCCAUCAUUGCCGACAUGGGCUACACCAACGCAAGGGGAACGCACGAGCGUCUGAUCGACGCUGCGCAGGACGGCGCCAAGUUUGUGUGGCACGGCGGCGACACCUCGUACGCCGACCAGUGGUACGCGGGUAUUCUGCCGUGCGAGGACAGCUGGGACCUGUGCUACAAUGGCUCGUCGAGUAGGUUCCCCGGCGGCACCAUUGACGAGACCGACUACUACAUCCCCGUCCCCGAGGGUGAGGUUGCGUCGCAGGGAUCCCCCUGGGGUGGCGACAUUUCCGCCAUUUACGAGACCAACUGGGACCUGUGGCAGCAGUGGAUGAACUCGAUCACCAAGCACAUUCCCUACAUGAUUGCGCCCGGCAACCACGAGGCGGCGUGCGCAGAGUUUGACGGCCCCAACAACGAGCUGUCGGCCUACCUCGACGACGACCAGCCCGUUGGUAGCCACAAGGCCAACAAGACGAUCACGUACUAUUCGUGCCCGCCUUCGCAGCGCAACUUCACUGCCUACACUCACCGUUUUGGCAUGCCCGGUGAUGCCUCUGGCGGCGUGGGCAACUUCUGGUACUCGUUCGACUACGGACAGGCGCACUUUAUCACGUUUGAUGGUGAGACAGACUACUACCAGUCUCCCGAGUGGCCGUUUGUGGCCGAACUCAAGGCCGGCCAGACCAGCCCCCUCAAGAACCAGACGUUCAUCACCGACUCGGGCCCCUUUGGCCGCAUCGACGGUAUGGCGUACAAGGACAACAAGGCGUACGAGCAGUACCAGUGGCUGCUCAACGACCUGAAGAAGGUCGACCGCAAGAAGACCCCCUGGGUGUUUGCCCAGUCCCACCGUCCCUUCUGGAGCUCGGAGGUGUCGAGUUACCAGGCCAAGAUCCGCGCCGCAUACGAGGACCUGUUCCUCGAGUACGGUGUCGACGCGUACUUUUCGGGCCACAUCCACUGGUACGAGCGUCUCUGGCCCCUGGGCAAGAACGGCACCGUUCAGCACGACGCCAUUGUCAACAACAACACGUACACGGUCAAGACGGGGACCGUGGCGCACAUUAUCAACGGCGCAGCCGGUAACAUCGAGUCGCACUCGGAACUCGGCGACGGCGUCAGCACGCUCCCGAUCACGGCCGUGCUGAACACUGUCGACUAUGGCAUCAACAAGCUUACAGUCUACAACGAGUCCACGUCCCUCGUCGAGUUUGUGCGUGGCUCGGACGGCAGCGUCGCCGACUUCGUCUGGCUCAAGAAGGCUGGAAAGAAGUAA